CCAAUAUCCAUGUAUAAAAAACUCAGCAUACAUAUGAAGUUGCCUACUUCCUUCUAAACAAUCAACAUCCUUGGGUUGUCAGUUGUCACUCCCAAAAAAAAAGGUCACAUGUCGAGCGUUGAUUUUUUAGAGUUACCCGAAGAUUGUCUUUCACAUAUCCUAUCUCUGACAUCUCCAAUUGAUGUCCUCCGAUCAUCGGCAGUAUCCAAACACUUCUUAAGGGUGUCAGAAUCCGACGCCGUUUGGGAGAAGUUUCUACCUUCUGAUUGUUAUGACAUCAUAUCCAGAUCGUCCAAUCCUUUUCAGCUACCCUCUUCUAAAAAGGAUCUUUUUCUUCAUCUUGUUCGCUCACCUAUUCUCUUGAAUAAUAACACUCAGAGUUUUGGCUUGGAUAAAAGGAGUGGGAAGAAAUGCUACAUGUUGAGCGCUAGAUCCCUGGAGAUUGAAUGGGGAGACAUGCUACAAUACUGGGAUUGGAUAUCCAUACCUGAAUCAAGUUUCCCAGAGGUUGCUGAACUUCAAGAUGUAUGUUGGCUUGACAUAGUAGGUGAAAUAGACACCAGACUCCUUACUCCAAACACAACUUACGGUGCAUACUUUAUGUUCAAGGUAGAUAUAGACAAUUUUCGAGGAUUCAAUAAUCCGCAAAUGAAGGUAUGUGCAUCUGAGUUUGAUAAACAAGGGUUAUCCCAAAAUCAGCUUCAUCACCUACAAGCUGUUAAGCAACACUAUAUCAAGACACUGGAGGGUAGGAUACCAAGAUCCGAUGGUUCCCCGAUUGAGAGAGAUGAUGGGUGGAUGGAGCUUGAAAUGGGUAGGUAUUUAGUUCCGAGUAUGGGUCAUGGAGCUGAUGAAGGAUUGAUUUUGCAAAUGAUCUUUAGGGAAGUUAAAGAACUGCAUUGGAAGAGUGGUCUUGUUGUUCAAGGUAUUGAACUUCGUCCUCUGGAUUGAUUUACUUGAAGGGAAAUAGCUUUUGGCAUAAGCGGCAAGAAUGGAUCAAACUCAGAAUUAUGGGUUGAUCUGUUAGUUGUAGGUUUUGCUUUCAUGUCCUUGUAACUAUUAGUAAUAUAAUACAAGUACAAUACAAAUUACAAAGAAUAAAUUUGUAUCUUUGUGUGUAUGUCAAUGGAACUCUAUAUGUGUUGAUCACCAAAUGGGCAGAACUUGAAAAUUGGUUUGCAACAAUACAUGUCACUCGGAAAUUUGAUA